AUGCCGAAAAAGCUGUAUCACGCCAACCCCGAGGGCAAGGGUUACACUGAGGGCCUGGAUACGAACACCAAACCCAAAACUAGAACUUUUGCACAUACAGCGGAUAGCGCACCACUAGCAAAAACAACACCCGCAGAAACAAUGGAAGAAUCAGGUUCUCCCGUACUACAUCCUGGGGCGUGUGGCGCCUCGUGUUCUCGUCUGUCUUCUGUGGAGGAACUUCACCUGUGUGAUUUGGGUGGGGUUUGUCUGGCACAUUCUUUCGCAUAUCUCCGUUCUCUGCGUUACAUAUGGCUCAACCGAAACUGCCUGCGCUCCCUUUCUCCCCUUUCUCUUUGCUGUUACCUGAAAGAGGUAUAUGCCGACAACAACGAACUCUGCGCUAUCCCUUCUCUCUCCGGCAGCCGAAACAGCUUGGAGAUCCUGUCUUUGGCAGAAAACCGAAUUCACAGUGUCGAAGAACAGUGCAACGCAGUUCACGCCUUUAAAAGACUUCGCACGCUCAACCUCCUGGGCAACCCCAUUACUGCUGAACUGCUCGACUGCCUGCCUGUGACGGUGGAGGAGAGAAAGUCCCCUUCAGUCCUGCCACCCCCCAGAGGCACUCAUUCAAUCCCUAAAGCACCACGGUCAAACCAACUGCGGCAAGGGCAGAUGCAAAAGGAAGCAUCGGCUGCCUUUUGUCUCCAAAAAAUGCCCGAUCUCUCCCAGGCCACAUUUUCUCCUUGCGAGGCUCACGUCCUUCGCGCCGCGGCAUUAGCGGAAAAGCGGCAAGACCGUCAGUGCAGCAACAAGCCCACUAUGGUGCAGCAACUUCUGCGGGGAACAGCUGAAGGAGAUACAAAUCAGAGGACGGUGCCUGAAAGUUGCCAUCCUACUGACUCCCUCAAGAGAACAAGGACCAGAUGUAUUUGCAAUAGCGGUGGCAGCAAAGUUUAUGCUUUGGCUGACUGGCAACUGGAGGCCAUUAUCGAGAACCUAUUAGCCCUUGGAAGUGCUGCAUUGCGCAGCGAAAUCAAGAACAACACGAGUAUUGCUGGAAACGCUGCAUCUGCUGCUGGCACCAGCCGUAGAAUUAGCCGUAUGGGGAUUACCAAGCAAUCAGGCGCAGAAGCAGUACGUCCGGCGUCAGCAGCACCAGAGGCCGCUUCUCUCCCCUGUGAGGAGUGGCGCCGCCUUUGUUUUAAGCUGCAGGAAGAUCCAUGGUUGAUUGGAGCGAGCCUUUCCCCCGCUGCAGUCGGCGACUUUGAUGCGUAUCUACAAUUCAAAGCGCUGGAAGGGGACCCUUCAGCUCUGGCAGGAGGAGGAGCUGCUGCUGCCGUUGAGCAGGCGACUACAGCAGUGGUAACAACAAAGUUGCCCUCAGCGACGACUGGGUCGAAAGCCCGCGCUGCCGCAGCGACAGCACUUGCUGCUGCUAAUCAGCAGCAGCUGCUAGAUAGAAAGGAGACAUCAGUGGACGGUGAGCCACAGCGGCCCACGAUGCUUGUUCGGGAGUUUCGAGAAUGGCUACUUCAGCAGCAGUGGCAACCGAGAAACGCCAAACAAAUCCGAGAAGCGGUGGAGUGUCUGUACAGCAAGGCCCAGCAACAGAUGAAGCAACCACACAAGGCCCUCGCAACAGCAAGACAUGUAAUCCUAGCGUAUUACGCCACAGAGCUUACUCCGUAG